UCUUCCUGCUUUCCCCGGACGUGCAGAUGAGCACGAGCUCGGACUGCAAAACAAAACAAAACAAAACAAAACAAAACAAAACAGAGUUCUGAUCCGUGUUUUUAUGCAUGUAAAUAAUGUGUGUCUCUGCUGAGGCUUGUGUUUAUACUUUAAUGCAAACUUAGUUACUGGUUUAGUUACAAGUUUAUUUAGUUACUGGUUUAGUUGCUGGUUUGUUUAGUUACUGGUUUGGUUACUAGUUUGUUUAGUUACUGGUUUGGUUACUAGUUUGUUUGGUUACUAGUUUGGUUAGUGGUCAUCAUGAUUUUAGAGACUUUAUCACGAGCAAACUUCGCUUUGCGCUCCAGAGUCCCAGUGAGACGAGUGCAUCAUCCGUCUGAUCUUCCUCCUCCUCAGCCGGUUCCUCAGUUAGCUCAGACGCUGCAUCGCUACCUGCUGGCCCUGGAGCCGCUCUUACCUCCGGAUGAGCUACAGCACACACGUAAGACAGUGCAGCGAUUCGGCAGUGCAGGGGGACUGGGAGAGAGACUGCAGGGGGCGCUGGAGAAACGUGCCAAAUACACACACAACUGGUUAUCAGAUUGGUGGGUUCAGUGGGCGUAUCUGGAGAGUCGUCAGCCCCUGGCUGUUCACUCCAACCCGGCCAUCUCACUGCCCCGACGUGACUUCAGUGACUGGAGAGGACAGUUACUGUUUGCAGCGAAGCUCAUCUCUGCUGUGCUCGACUUCAAGAAUAAAGUGGACAGUGGGAGGUUACCAGUAGAGUACAUGCGAGGCAGGCCGUUGUGUAUGGAUUUGUUUCCUCGUCUCUUCUCUUCCUGUCGUGUUCCCGGUCCGAAGCAUGAUAAUAUGAUUCAUUAUGGACGCCCACGCCGCGGCCCCACCCACAUCACCGUGGUCCGAAACUAUCAGUUUUUCCAGCUGGACGUGUACAAUAGUGAUGGCACCCCCCUCACUCAGAGUCAGAUUCACUCUCAGCUUUGUCGGAUCCGAGCUCAGUCCUGGAAAACUGAUAAAGAGCCGAUGGGCAUUCUGACCAGUGACCACAGACACACGUGGGGUCAGGCUUACACACGCCUACUGCAGGAUAAGAUCAAUAAGGAGUCUGUGAGGCUGAUAGAGAAAAGUCUGUUCACACUGUGUCUCGACUCGCCCGUCAUGACCAUCUGUGAUGAGAAAUACUCGAGCAGAAUGGCAGCUCAGAUCCUUCACGGAGGCGGGACCUACUCCAACAGUGGGAAUCGUUGGUUCGAUAAAACGUUACAGUUUGUGGUCAGUGAGGACGGAUCAUGGGGUCUCCUGUAUGAACAGGCCACAGCUGAGGGACUUCCAAUAGCCACCCUACUGGAUCAUGUCCUUCAGUGCUGUAAGAAGCCUGAUACAGUCCGAACUCCUCUCGUUCCUCUGCCCAUGCCAAAGAAGCUUUACUUCUACAUUGACCGUGCCGUCAAGUGGGACCUGGAGAUGGCCAAGCAGAACCUCAACAUCCUCAUUAAUGAUCUGGACAUCAGCUGCUUUAACUUCCAGCACUUUGGGAAGGAGUUUCCCAAAAAGUUGGGUUUAAGCCCCAACUCCUUCAUCCAGAUGGCCAUCCAGCUCGCGUACUACAGAGUGCACGGGGAGGUGUGUGCUGCCUGUGACAUCGCAACACUCCGAAUGUUCCGAGGAGGACGCACCGACUACAUCCGCUCCCCAACCAAUCAGACGCUGAGAUUCGUUCAGGCUUUUGAUGACCGCUCCCACAUUAGGGAGGUGAAGGUGGAGCUGUUGCGUGAAGCUGUGGAAGCUUACAGUCAGCUGACAGAUCAGGCUCUGAAAGGCCAGGCUAUCGAUCGCCACCUGCUGGGUCUGAAGCUGCAGGCCAUUGAGGAGGGACUGAGCGUGCCCAGAAUGUUCAUGGACACGGCUUAUGGGCUCGCCACGCACUGGAAACUCCGCACUGGACAGGUUCCCGCUAACACAGACAGCGUGAUGUGUUUCGGGCCUCUGGUUCCGGACGGUUACGCCGUGUGUUACAAUCCUCAGCCGGAUCACGUUCACUUCUCCAUCACCGCCUUCAACUGCUGCGAGGAGACCAACGCCGAGAAACUAGCCGUGACGAUCGAGAGCGCCCUCCACGACCUGCACGAGUUACUACAGCCCACAGCGUAAAGCUCCACACCGUAUAACACCAACCAGAAAGGCAAGCUGGUAUUUAGUAAGAAAGAUGUUGUUUGGUGUCAGCUUCAGGAUCAGGUAGGGGGCGUGGCCUACAGUUUGAAUACAUUAGCAUAUUCAUGAUGAUGAUGAUAAACUAUACAAAAGUGCUUCUGUCUACAUCGUAUUAAGAUGAAUGGGAUCUUUUGAGGUUAACGUGUAACUAACGAAGCACGCUUCAGACACUAAACAAGGCUUGGUGAGUGAUAUUUCUGAUGUGUUUUAUUUCUUUAAGAUAGUCAACAUGCCUCAUUUGCAUGUUAGUAAUCCAUUUUGAUAUAAAUAUUUCAUAUCAUGAAUUUAAGUUAAAGUUCCUAACUGGAGCUUUAAAAACAAAGCGUACUCCAAAUGCAGCUUUUUUUGACAUCGUAAAACAUUUUAAAAGCUUAUUUGUGACUCAUUUCAUCAAGUUUCCUGCUCAACAUAAACGCCGACUUCGGGACGGAUCUGAACGUCCCGAACAGUUUUAAUUAAAAUGACGCAGGAAACACAACUCACUCCACUGUUUACUGCUCAGAUCGCACGUCGGACAGUAUCACGGCAUUUGCAGUGCAUUAUGGGAUCUCUUUAUGUCUGAGAUAUGCAUGUCCGAUUCCACUAUACAGUAAACAAUAUGCAUAAGAUAUCUGCUUUCGUCUGAAAGUCUCGGCUUGUGUGUGGAUUUGUACUGCAAACACUUGUACUUGAUAUAUAAGGGUUUUGUUUACUCAGUUUUGGGAGAAAAAAUAACUAAAUAAAAAUUUGUGUAUUUUCUGUA